AUGAGAUGUAAAUGCCUCCCCUCGCACACCUCCCCCAUCAGUUCCCGAGGAUGGGCUUCUAAGGCCUGGCAAAUGCUUCCCGGCAGCCAAAUAGAAGUCAUUACCAGAAGCACCGCAGCUAAACAGAGGGAAAUGUUUAGGUGGCAGUUGGCAGUCAGAACGGUCCUAAAUGACUCUGGAGCCAUUCGAGUCGAAAGGAUCGCGAAGUGUCGGCUUACUCGGCACACAGACCAGCAGCUUCGCCACGAGGCAGCAGGCUCUGGCUCCACGCACUGGGUUCGCUGCCACAUGCAAUUCACUCAAGACAGCGGAGUCGGGGCGCCCCAGGGGGACUUGGCCCACAGAAGGCCCUCGGCUCAGCCGUCCCGGGCAGAUAACUAA